GGAGGAGUAAGAGCGGCUCGUCCUGGCGGAUCGGAAGUGACGCGCGCCUUCGCCCGUCCGGCCGCCUCCCCCCGGAAGCGGCGCGCGGAGCAGAGACAUGAAGGCCGGCUGCCCCAUUGUGGAGAAACCGGAAGGAGGAGGAGGCUACCAUUUCCCUGACUGGGCCUACAAGACGGAAUCCAGCCCGGGCUCCCGCCAGAUCCAGCUCUGGCACUUCAUCCUGGAGCUGUUGCAGAAGGAGGAGUUCCGGCACGUGAUCGCCUGGCAGCAGGGAGAAUACGGGGAAUUUGUCAUCAAGGACCCGGACGAGGUGGCCCGGCUGUGGGGCCGCAGGAAAUGCAAACCCCAGAUGAACUACGACAAGCUGAGCCGGGCUCUCCGGUACUACUACAACAAGCGCAUCCUGCAUAAGACGAAAGGCAAGAGGUUCACCUACAAGUUCAACUUCAACAAACUGGUGAUGCCCAGCUACCCCUUCCUGAACAUCCGCCCCACCGGCGCCGUGCCACAAAGCGCCCCUCCGGUGCCCACGGCCUCCUCCCGCUUCCAUUUCUCCCUGGAGGGCCAGUCGCCCAGCGAGGACUCCCAGCCGGGCUGCUUCUCGGCCAGAGCCCUGGGGCCGCCGGGCCAGGAGGCGCUCAGCAACGGCAGCGCAGACGAGAAGGCGUCUCCGGCGCUGGAGCUGGACGGGGGCUCUCCUGAUUGGCACCGCAGGGUCGACCUUCUGGCCUCCUGCAACACGGCGGCCGCCCCGGGCACCGUCGGCCACCCGAAGCGCAAGCCGGACCUGGUGCUGCCCCUCUUCGGCCGGGGCGGCCUCUACCCAGACGCCCACAGCCCCUUUGCCGGGUCCCCCCUCCCUCCCCGCGGGGGGGUGCUCAACGUGCCCCUCUCCCCCGCCCUGUCGCUGACCCCCACCCUCUUCUCCUACAGCCCCUCCUCGGCCAUGAGCCCCUUUGCGCCCGGCGGCAGCAGCUGCUUCUCCUUCAGCCCCGAGGAGAUGAAGCACUACCUCCACUCCCAGGCCUGCUCCGUCUUCAACUACCACCUCAGCCCCCGGACCUUCCCCCGCUACCCGGGCCUCCUCCUCCCGCCCCUGGCCUGCCAGCCGCCCCACGAGGAGCAGCCCCCCUUCCCCAUCAAGCUGCAGCCCCCGCCCGCCGGGCGCAAGCACCGGGAGCACCACGAGAGCGAGGGGGGCAGCGGGCCGCCUCCGUCGCCCCCCCGGAUCAAGCUGGAGAGGCCCGCGGAUGAGGAGCCUGGCGGCACCGACUCCCCGGAGAGAGUCCCGGCCGGGCGGGAGGAGAGCGAGGGCUCCGGCCCUCCACUGCGACGCCCAGAGCCGCCACGGGAGAAGAGGCUCUUCCUGCACCCGGCCGCCCCGGCUUGGCCGGGAGUCUCCCUGGCGCCCGUCCUGGCCAAGAAGCUGAAGCAGGAGGAAGGGGCCCCCGAGAAGCUCCCCGCGCAGGAGCCCGGGUGGGAGCCGGGGCCCCCAGAGAAGAGGGAGGAUGCCCUCAUGCCCCCCAAGCUGCGCCUGAAGCGUCGCUGGAACGGGGACCGGCUGGCGGAAGCCCCCGAGGAGACCCCCAGCGGGAAGCCCUCCUGGGCCGGCAGCCUGGACACACCCCACAUCCUGCUGGCCCCCAAGGCUGCGGUGGAUACUUAGGACGGGUGGGGGGGGGAGACAGGGUGGCUCCGAGGUGUCAUGUAGCAAAGGUUUUCCUGGCUGGGGGGGCAGGCGGAGGGCGAGGAGGGCUUCACUAACUUGCGGGGUGGGGGGGUGGGGGUUGCUUUGUGUGUGUGUAUGCGUGUGCAUUGCAGGUGAAAUGCAGUUUUUCAUGUCCCGAGGGAGGGGGGCUCCUUGGCUUGCAAAGCCCCCUCCUCGGCCAUUUCUGUGUGGCUGACGCAGCAGCAGCAGCAGCAGCGCCUCUGAUGGGACCGCCCUCGGGGGUGGGGUGGGGAUGGGGUUGAUAGCCGCGGGGGGCUUGUCUGAAUCUCUCGGGGGGCUUUCUGGAUGGUCUCCCUUCCUGGUCAGAGCCGGACGGUGUUGUCAGUGGAAAUUUGGGUGUGGGGGGGGCCUGGAACAUUGCACUGUCUUUCAGUUUUGGAAGGGGGCGUUUUGGGAGGCGAGGGGGCUGCUGGUGCACUGGCUGGGCAGCCUUCAGAGACAUGUUGGGGGGGGUGGAAAUGUGGGGUGGGUGGGUUUCACCUUUUUUGACUGUAGAAGAAGAAGCCAUGGGAAGUUCAGCUCUCGAGCUUUCAGGGAUGGGGAGGGGAAGUGAAACGGAGACCCAGAUGCCUUUAACGCAGCCCCGGCUUAACCCUAACCCCUCCCUGGUUCCGGUCUUUGGGGAGGGGGGUCCUAGACAGAGAGAUUCCAUGGCCCCUUUGCAAGAGAGGCUCUUGAAUAGCUGGGGGGGGGUCUCCACAGGCUGGGAGCUCGGAGUGCUUGGCCCUCCUGGAAGCUCUUAACUGGGCGGGGGGGGGGCUGCCGAAUCUUGAGGAAGGGGGGUUGGUGGCCUCAGUUGCACCAGGCUCUUUCCUGGGGGGGGACGACUUUGCAGCAGGCACAGUCUUAGUGGCCCCCCCGCCUUGCCAGAGCAGCUCAAGGAUGCUGUGGAGAUGGGAGGGGGCUCUAAAUGAGGCUGCCCCUCUAUUCUGUCCCUUGGAGACGUCUGUGGGGUUCGUGUUUGUAGCAUGCAAAGAAAGCCAUGGGGGGACUUCUUGGAGGAGGCGGGGGGGGGGGGACAGGAGGUCUCUGCUCUUAACGUGUGCAGGCGGGGCAGUGGGUGGGUCUGGGGUCCGGUGGGGAGCUCUGCCCCUUUGCUUCAGCUGCCCCCGUGCAUGUCCAAGCCUUAGCGCCUUCCUGCUGCAUGGGGUGAGGGGAGGGGGCCCCCGGAGGGAGGGAGGGGGCUGGCCGUGGGGGGGGCCAAAACUCAGGAACUGAAACGGGGAGGCCUUCUUUGACUGGGAGCUGCACUCUUUCCUUCUAUUGAACCCAAGUGCCAGGAGGGGUAGGGGGGCCACGGGGUGGGGGCCGCCGGUGUACUCCGGGGAGAGGGAGGGCUGGGGAUUGGAGCCCCUCCCCACCUUCUGCCCCUUGCAAUCUGCCUGGGGGGUGGGGGGCUCUGAGAGCUGCGAUGCCUGUUCAGGGAUACAAGGGCCCAGCUCUGGGUGCUCCAGGGGGCUGGGGGUGAGAGCUUUCAAGCCCCAGGCGGGUGGGGGGCCGUGUGUUGGGGGGCAAGGAAGCCCCUUCCCCUGGCCAGCUGCGUUGGGGGUGCACCUGCCAUCUCUUUGUGCCAAAAACUGAAUCCGCUGCUCCAGCGUGGGGGGGGGGAGACACACACGUCGCGUCUGCCGCUAAUUGAGGAAGCGUUUCGUACUUUGGGGAAAUGGUUUUGAUGUGUCGUAGCCAUAGGAAACCUUAGGUGGGUUUUGGCCGUGGCCCCCCCUCCCUCGCCAGGCCAUUGUAGUGGGGGGGGCUUUGGGGUGAAGGGGGCUCCUCAAGGCUGGGCAGACGCCCUCAGCAAGGGUAUCUUCCGUGUGGGGAGGACUGAAGCAGCAGGGAAGCCAGCGUUGGGGGGCCGGAGGGAAAGACCCAGAAGCCCCCUCCCCAUUGCGGGGGGUGGGGGGAGAGACAGAGGGGAAGACUUUACCUCGAGGGGGGUGGGCUGGGGGGGCUUCCCUUCUACCCCUGCUUUGCUCUGUCUCUUUCUUUUGCGCCUUAGGGGUGCGGGAGGACUUGGGGGGGGGAGAGGUCGGUCUUGGGUUCGAGGGGCCUCCCUUUAGGCUAUUUUCUUAGGAAAUAAAGUCGACUUUAGAGUGUUAAAAGUGGCAAAGUAUUUACCGACCACUCACUCCUUCUGAAGAGAGAGGAAGCGUUUUCCCAUAGGGACCCCCGGCCCCGGCUGCAGAACUGAACACAGUGGGGCAGCCGCUCCACAGCUUGAGGUAUUUGUCCAUGUGAAGCAGGAUUAAAAUUGUGUCUAAAAAAAAAAUGUAAGUAGUCCUCAUGCUUUUGUGCAGUGCCUUUAGACGUUCCACUUUCUAUAAAGUCUUCAAAAAAAAAAACAACUUUGCAUAUAUAUUAUAUAUAUGAUGUAAUGUUAUAGAAAUAUAUGUAUAAUAUACAUAUUUUUUUCCAGGGGUAUCUGAUAGCUCUGUAUUUUGUUAUGGAAGUUGAUAUGAGAUAUUUUACCUCAAAUUUUAA